CAAAAAAACGAAAUUUCAUGAAAUUCAGCUUUCUUUCAUAAAAAUUAAGUUUUUAAGAAGUUUUAAAGACAUAUUAAUUGUUAAAUUAGUGUAAAAUGGAAGCAUCGGAUAGUAAAGAAAAGGAUGUGACAAAAAGAAAUUACGGGAAAAUAAUUUUAACAUUGGAAAAUGCAAUUUUACCAUCAGAAAAACUAGAAUCCAAAACUAUUAGUCAGCAAGAUGGUUUAUCGAAGGAUAUAGAGAUGGAUUUGAGGAUAUUGGGAUGUGAACUGAUACAAACAGCAGGAAUUCUAUUGAAAUUACCACAGGUCGCUAUGGCUUCGGGACAAGUUCUAUUCCAGCGAUUCUUCUACUCAAAGUCGUUUGUAAGGCAUGAUAUGGAGGCAAUUGCUAUGGGAUGUAUAUGCUUAGCAUCAAAAAUUGAGGAAGCACCAAGAAGAAUUCGCGAUGUACUCAAUGUUUUCAAUCACAUCAAACAGAUUCGUGCACAAAAGCCAAUUACGUCCAUGAUUCUCGAUACAAAUUAUGUGAAUUUAAAGAAUCAAGUGAUAAAGGCUGAAAGAAGAGUCCUCAAAGAGCUCGGAUUUUGUGUACAUGUAAAGCAUCCUCACAAAUUAAUUGUCGUCUAUUUAAAAUAUCUUGGAUUUGAUGAGGAUGAAAAUCGAGAGGUGCUGCAAAUGGCUUGGAAUUUUAUGAAUGAUUCAUUCAGAACUGAUGUUUUUGUUCGAUAUCAACCAGAGACAAUAGCUUGUGCUUGCAUUGCUUUAUCAGCUCGAAAGCUCAACAUUAAUAUGUCCACUACGCCACCUUGGUAUGUAAUGUUUAAAGUUCACGAAGAGGAUCUUUUAGAUGCUUGCUAUCGAAUUAUGGAACUUUAUCAUCGACCAAAACCAAAUUUUGAUAAACUUGAGGCAGCUGUCGAAGAACUAAAGAAAAAUUAUCAGGACCAACGAAAGAAAGACCAUCAAAACAGUACGCCUCCCGUAGCAGCAGUCAUCGAUCGUUCAAAUGGAUCACAGCAUGCGUGGAGUGGUUUUAUAUCCAGACAAAUACCAUCCAAUACAUCAAAUUCAAAUAACGACGAAAAAUCUGAUUCGAAGCUAAAAUCGGACGGUAAAACAAUUAGUAGUACAAAUAAUAAUAGCGAAAAAUGCAAAUCACGUUCACGUUCACGAAAUAAUUCGCGCAGUAGAUCGAGGUCAUCGGGCAAAUACAGCAGCAGUAAAAAGAAAGAUCGCUCGAGAAAGAGAACUCGUUCACGGUCAAUAUCAGCUGACUCAGAUUAUGACAUGAAGAGUAAGAAAAGAGACAAGAAGUACAGUAAAAAAUCGCCAAAACGUGAUUAUCGUGAGAAGUCCCGAGAAAGAUAUUCUAAUGGUAGACGAAAUCAUUACAGCGAUCGAGACAAAGAUUAUAAUUAUUACAAAAGCUACGAUAAGGAGAAAUACAGCAGUAGUAAGCACUCGUCAUCAAGAAAUGGAGAUAGACAUCAUCAUAAAUCGUCAUCAAGAAGAUAAAGUUUUAUUUAAAAACAACAUCGCCAUAUGAAAAUUAAUGUAAAAUCAUUCAAUUCUAUUUCUGAAAGAUAAUCAAUUUUUAGGAGACGAAGAAAGAAAAAAAUAACAAAUAAAUAAGUUUAUAUUUUGAAAAGAACAAAACUGUGGUGCAAUAAAAAGCUUCAUCAAAUCGAGUUUGCUUGCAAGUAUGGCAGUGACUAUAAAACUGCAUAUUCAUCCUCUUCGUUGUAGUUUGGAAUGGAACUUUUAGUCAAUAAAAAGUAUCAAGCAUUUGACAUUUUCAAUAAGUUUUGACUGGCUAGAAUUUUCGUCUGCAGUUCUUGAUAUUCUCAAAAUGCCUCAAAUUCGACAGCAUGCAGUAUUACAAAACAAAUCCUAAAAUUGAGGUCAGUAAUCUAAUGUUUUUCUUCAUUUAACUUUCCCUUUCGUCCAAGAAACCUGUUGAUUCAAAAAUUGCUUGCAAAAAAAAAAU